CUUAGUAGUCUGAGUAAGUUACUCAGCGCACUGAACUAAGUUUUCGGUCUGGACACUUUACAGAUACUAACGAACUUUUUUCUGGCCGCCAUUUUACUUAGUAUACAUUUUACCGCGUAAACCACUAAAGUAAACAAUAAUAAUUAGUAAAGUACAAAUCUGUACAUGUAUGCUUUCUGUAAAAUUUGCAUUAGUUAAGUAACUUAAAAAUGAAAGAAAAUAAUGUGUUAUGACUCCCUAAACUAUAGUAAGAGCUAACAGCGUGUCCAGGCCGAAAACACACUGCACUCAGACAAACAGACCAAAAUUUCUUUUAGGCUGAGUAACUUACUCAGACUACUAAGAACUUUCAUCGGCUGAACACGCUCAUUAAUUACGAACCGUGAAUAAAUUAUCGUAGCUAUAGAUUUUAUAAAAUAAAGUUAUUCAAAUAAGAAGUAAAUAUGAUAAUUUUUAAAUUUGAUAGUUUAAAAAAAUCUUUGUUUGCGCAGAGGCAUUUUGAAGAGAGUAUUUUUGAUGGGGUGUUUGAGGUGGGGGAAGUUUUAGGUGGGGGUGAAAACCGCAUGGGAAUUAUUUUCGACACGCAUCUACGCAUUUUAGAUUUUAGUUUACACUUGGAGCUUGCUAGAAAAUGGCGUCAGCUAAUUCUGUGAAGCACGCUUUGAGCACGCUGAGUAUUAAUGUCGAUGAAUCUGUGGUAAACACGAUCCAGGGAGCUGGUGAACAAGUUGCUGUCCCGAGAGUCGUCUCGAUCCGGAGCACUGUUAAGACGAGACUAUCUCGAAGGACGGUAGCGGCAAGUGUGACAACGACGACAGCAACACCUAGAACAGUUGUCAGUUCUAUUACGACGACAACACCAGUAACGACAGCAGCAGUAGCAACACCGGGUCCAGCGGCUCAAACACCUCAACAGCGUCAAACCGCAGAUAAUACCAAAGAAAAGUGUCGUAAAUUUUUAGCAAACUUGUUAGAAUUAUCUAGUCGGGAACCUAAAUCAGUGGAACGUAAUGUACGGACGUUAAUACAAGAAUUAAUUGAUACUAAAGUUGAACCUGAAGAGUUUUGUGAUGGACUCAAGAGAUUAUUAAACGCAUCACCUCAGCCAGGUUUAAUUGAUUUUUUAAAUAAAAGCUUGCCGCUAUUGCGACAAUCGCUUGUUACCAAUGAAUUGGUUAUUGAUGGGAUUAGACCACCACCAUCGAAUCAAGUAAUGCCUCCGCCAAAGGCACAUCUGUAGCAACGGCAGCAGUUGGUCUACGAAGCUGUUCAAUCUUCUUACAUUGCCGAUCAAAAAAAUUAAACUUUGUCCAAAUAUUAUAAUAUUCAGACACCAAAUAAAAACAAACGUAUUUCUAUAGAUAUA